GCAGGGUGAACGGACCGUUCACUCAGACAUCUUCUGAAACAUCAGGAUCAUCAGGUCUACAGUGAAGUCAACAUGAAGACUCUCAGCCUGACAGUGGGACUGCUGCUCGUGCUGUUCACCGUUUACCACAGCGAUGCCUCUAAGGCAGUGAAUUCACUUGAUUUUUGCUGUUUUCACUUCUUUGACAAACGCAUCCCAAAGGAGAACAUCGUCUCCAUCGUGAAAACUCACAGUCAGUGCUCCACACCAGCAUUUGUGAUCAAGACACCCAGAGGGCUUUUCUGUGUGAAACAGACUGUGAAGUGGGCAAUGGAACAAUUUGUCAAACAAGAGAGAGCGAAAAUUGAACCAAUGCUACAGUUAACACUUCAAAAAUCACAAAAUACUGAUCAAGACACCCAGAAGGCUUUUCUGUGUGAAACAGACUGAGGAUUGGGCAGUGAGAGAAUUUCAGCGCGGCGUGGAUCGAUACAUUCCCCCUGUCCCUAAAAAGCCCCCCCUUCCCUCAUCAGCCCCCUGUCCCUCGAACACCGGCUGAACCUAAAAAGCCCCCUGUACCUCAAACGCAAACCCACUCUCUGGUCUACAUGAAGCAGCUGUUCUCAACUGAGCGUCCCAGCUCUCUUAACACAGAGGGGAGUCACCAUGAAUCAAAGUUAAAUAAUAAUAAAGGAUCAACAGUGACUGAAGAACAUCAAGACAAACUGACAAGUUUUUGUUGCAUCUGCUUGAAAUGACAGGAUGUGUGCUGUAAAACACACAGACAAUCCAAGGUAUAGUGAUUACUCAUCACACAAACAUUUAAAUAGAAAUUGAAAUUUUAAACAAUUUCUUUUCUUGUCAUUGAUAAGUGACAGCAGCUUUACUGUUUGUCUUUAUUGCUCUAUAAUGAUGAAAAACUCUGAAAUCAUCCAGAAAUGCUGCAAAUAUUUGACUUAUUAAAAUAUCAUGUGUUUUCUGAGUGUAUAAAAAGAAGUGCACACAUUGGGAGUUAUAGCACAACUUUUCAACUGUAAUAUUAACCACGGGCCACUGAGCAGCUUCCAGUAUGUACACAAUAUAUAUGCAUUACCAUCAUAAACAAAUCCAUACAGGUAGUAUGUCAUACGCUGAAGACGUAAUCUUCGUGUCUUUUGCUAUAAAUGCAGACUGAAAAACUAAAACAUUUAAGAAAGCUACAAGGGAAUUAAAGAGUCUUUCUUCAGAUGUACAUAGAGUAUUAUUAAUACAAUCAUUAUCAUAUGAAAACAAAUCUGGAAUUUUUCAAUUCAGAAUUUUUUAUCAGUGAAUUUGUAGCAAUGAGCAGCAGAAAGAUGUCUGGACACUUUAACUCUGAAGGUUUGAAAUCCAAAACGGAAAAAGUAGCUUAUGCUACAUAGGUGUAAACAGAUUUUAAGUUUCCUGUCACAAAUGUGGGCACGUCUAACGUUCAGACUGAUGAACACGGUCAGAGAGCAACUGUGAGUUCAGCAUAUUUCCCGAGGAAACUUUGGCAUGCAGACUGGAGCAGCCAGGGAUUUAAGCACCGACCUGUUGAUCAGCUAGACGACCUGUUUGUCUCUGACAUACAGACAGCUAAACCCAACUGUUAAAUAAAUGGAUCAGUGGUACCAGCAGUCUGCAUGCCUAUGAUUCAUUUUUUUUAUUAUUAUAUUAUUUAUAAUUUAAAAAAAUAAAUAAAUAAAAUGAAAUUAAAUGCCUUAUGUGGGCCGAUCUGACAGCUCUCAAUGAGAUGGUCCUAUUCCUCCUUUACUGCCUCUUUGAUACAAACACUAAUGCAGUGGUGU